UCCUGUGUGUGGCCGCCGUCCGUACGGUUGUUUGACUCUGUCAGCGUCUGGGAGAGAGUUUCCACAGAGAAGUAAUGUAGUUAAUGCUCAGACCAGAAGACCACGAACGGCUGGUGUCUAUUUUUAUUUUAUUUUAUUUCAUUUAAUUCCUCCAUGUUGGCUCGAAAUGGCGGGAGUGAGCCAAACCGUUAUUAGUGUCGUCCCUGACGAUGAAGGGAAAGAAAAGUUCAAGAACAGUAGCCAUGUCGCUUUCUACAGGCGACAGAUGCAGGGUCCGAACCUGCAGCACCGAGCCCUGUUGGACACCAUGGUGCUCACAGAGAAAGGGGCUCGUUUUGAACUGUUGGAGCCCGACACUCAGACCAGACUUCUUCUCUCUGUGUCUCCUUGCAAAAACGACUCUGUAAGGAUUCUGAUAGAUGAACUCCAGCCCGUUAAAGCCCGCUACCGAGUUCCAGAUGUGGUAACCGGGGAACCGCAGUGUGAACGGUUGAGAGUGGAGACACGCACUCAGGACUCCGUCACCCUCUCUUGGUGUUCAGGACGUCAUCAGGUCCGUGUGUGGCAUUUUCCCUUCCGCGUGGAGAUCCUGUGCGAAGAUGAAGCGAUGGUUACGUUCAACCCUGAAGGCAAGCUGUGGUUUGAGACGCUGCGGGACCCACCCAGCUCCACAUCUCACGAGCUUCAAGAGGACCCCCCGAGUUUAUUGUGGAAAGAGACGUUCAGGAACUUUGUGGAUAUCAAAGCUAAUGGUCCCAGCAGCGUCGGGGCGGACGUCCGUCUUCACGGGUUCAGUCAUGUGUUCGGUCUUCCAGAACACGCCGACGGCCUGCAGCUCAGAGACACCAGAGAUGGGGAACCUUACCGGCUGUAUAACCUGGACGUCUUUGCCUACGACGUGUACAGUCGCCGCGGCCUGUACGGCUCCGUGCCUCUCGUGGUGGCUCACAAACCCGACAGGACUCUGGGUGUGUUUUGGCUGAACGCAUCAGAGACUUUUGUGAACGUACAUUACGGUCCCACUGACCCCCAGGGCGACCAAUCACCCCCAGCAAAGAGGAGGCAGAUGCCGCCUCACACUGACGUCCACUGGCUGUCGGAGAGUGGCGUGAUUGACUGUGUGGUUCUGCUCGGGCCCGGUCCACAGCAGCUCUUCAGCCAGUACGCUCAGCUGACAGGAUAUCAAGCCCUGCCCCCCCUGUUUGCCCUCGGGUACCACCAGUGCCGCUGGAACUACCGCAAUGAAGCCGAUGUGAAGGCCGUGGACGCUGGAUUUGAUCGCCACGACAUCCCUUACGAUGUCAUCUGGCUGGACAUUGAGCACACGGACGGGAAGCGUUAUUUCACAUGGGACCCCGUUCUAUUUCCCGACCCGGCCGGCCUGCAGCGCCACCUGGAGAAGAAGAAAAGGAAACUGGUUGUUAUAAAUGAUCCCCACAUCAAAGCUGAUCCUGAUUGGUCGCUGUACCGUGAAGCCAGGGAUGGGGGACAUUUCGUCAGGAACAGAGAGGGACAGCUUUACCAGGGCUCCUGUUGGCCAGGUGAAUCCUGUUACCUCGAUUUCAGCAGCCCAGCCACUCGAGCGUGGUACUCCAGGUGCUUCAGCCUGGAUAAAUACAAAGGAUCCACGCCGUCGUUAUUUGUGUGGAACGAUAUGAACGAACCGUCUGUGUUCGACGGGCCGGAGCAGACGAUGCCCAAGGACGCAGUGCAUUAUGGGGGCUGGGAACACAGGGAACUGCACAACCUGUACGGCUUUUACCAGCACAUGGCCACAGUGGAGGGUCUGGUAACUCGCUCGGGCGGCUCAGAGAGACCCUUCGUCCUGUCGCGCUCCUUCUUUGCCGGGUCACAGAGACUUGGAGCAAUAUGGACGGGGGACAACGUCGCCAGCUGGGAGUAUCUGAAGAUCUCGAUUCCAAUGCUCUUGUCUCUCAGUGUGGCGGGCGUGGUGUUCUGUGGAGCCGAUGUCGGUGGGUUUAUUAAGGAUCCGGAUCCAGAGCUGCUGGUGCGCUGGUACCAGGCGGCCGCCCUGCAGCCGUUCUUCCGCGGCCACUCCGCAAAUGUGACGAAGCGCCGGGAGCCGUGGCUGUUUGGAGAGGAGGUCACCGCUGCGAUCCGCGCCGUAAUCCAACAGAGGUACUGUCUGCUGCCCUACUGGUACACUCUGUUCCACCAGGCCCACACCUCUGGUCUGCCUCCCCUCAGACCUCUGUGGGCGGAGUUCCCGAGAGAGCAGAGCACCUUCGCUGUGGACGACCAGUAUAUGAUCGGAGGAGCGCUGCUGGCCUGUCCCGUCACUGAAGCAGGUCUUCAAGAAGCCAAAGUGUUACUUCCUGGAUCUGGUGAGAUCUGGUAUGAUGUCCACUCUGCGAAGGCGUACGAAGGAGGCAAGACGCUGAGUCUUCCUGUCACCCUGGACACAGUCCCUGUGUUCCAGCGUGGCGGCACGGUGGUCUGCAGGUCGACAGGAAGCGGCUCCUGUACGGCCGAUUUCCAGCAGCUGCCGCUCGCCAUCACCGUGGCGCUAAACUCCCAGCGUGCAGCUGACGGGGAGUUGUACCUGGACGACGGCCGCUCCUUCAGCUACCGCGACAGACGGGCCUUCUGCCGGCGCAGGUUCAGCAUGCAGUCCGGCCGGCUGCUCUGCCGCCCUGCCGCCGAGGACGGAGCGUUUGACUGUGACGCUGUCGUGCGCUCGGUCGCCGUCCUGGGAGUCAGGACCAAACCGUCCGCUGUGACUGUGCACGUGUCAGGUGCUAGAGACUCACCUGCUGCAUUUCAGUUCCUGGACACCUGCCGCUCGCUGACGGUGAGCAACCUGAACCUGAGAGUGGCGAUGGACUGGGACAUACAGAUCACUGCGAACGUGUCCCUCCGCUGAAUUUGUUGUUUCAGACGACAGGAGGAGAAUGGCAGGUUAUAUUAAUCGGCAACAUUAUUUUUAAAUGGCAAAUGUAAUUACUUGACAGAGUUAAAUGAAGACUCGUCUAAUGCUGCGGGUUCGACAUGCAGCGCUCCACAAUUCUGCUUUUAUUAUUUUACCCUUUUUUCUUUUGGAGCAUUUUAAAGAAAACCCCUAAAACAUAUUGUACAAUCCCUCCAUUUACUUCUGCUUCACUGAGAACUGUACUUAAAAAAACACAUUAAUAAAGUGACAAACCAGGGAGAAAAAGAG